UCAGUUAGUAAUCAACAUCGCCAGUUAAUGAAGCCAAGUUUAUCUCGAGAUUGUCUCCACCUUCAGCUGUAUCGGGAUCCAAAAGAUCGCUACAAAAAGGGACAGACUAAGGCUUCGCUUUCGCUCCAACAGUUUCUUGGCUUCGAGUCAGGGUUCACCCUCGACAAAGAAUCCAACACGAUAGCGAUCAUAUGCCAAGACGUCAUUGUUGUCCUCGCUUUCGAGAGUAGAGAGAGGCUGAUAUCGUGGCAAGUGAAGGUUGGAAGUCAGCUCGGAACGUCCAAGCAGUUCCUGGUGAUGGUCAAUAAUGCAUCAAAAAAGCUACUGGCGGGUCCAGCGAGAUUACAUCUUCAGAACAGGAGGUUUACGUUAACGAGCGGUAUUCCUCCUCGGGUGCUUGGUUUGUGGGAGCUCGCACAUCUAAGGCGAUAUGGCGUAGUGGACGGUAAAUUUUGUUUCGAGGGUGGAUCUCGUUGUGGUAAAGGUGAAGGAUUACAUAUGUUGAUAACAGAUCAACCACAAGACAUUUCUGAUGCUUUUGACCAAGCUGCCCUUGGAAACAUUAUAUCAACACCACGAUCCACCUCAAGAAACAUAGGAAACGAACAGAGUAAAUCACGACCACAGACACGAAUGUCCGAUUUGAACACUCAAAGUUUCGAUCAUUCCAUAUUAGAUUCUGCGAGUGCAUUAUACGAGGAAAAUUACUUUGGUGAAGAUUGUGGUGAAAGUUCGAACUUUUGGCCUUCCAACGAAAAACGAAGUUCUGGUGAACAUGAAAUGAAAGAGGAUUUUAAUAUUGUUCCUAAGGCACCGUGGGAUGGUGCCGAUCAUGUCACUUUGGAGCGCUGUUCGAACUGUUUGUCUAAGUUUGGAGCAGUAUCGAGGUCAUCAACGAUAGCAAUAUCACCUGAAAACACCUUCAACCCAGAGUGGAAAAUGGAAAAUGCAACAGAACCACAAUUCAAUGACUUGUCAAAUGGUUCUGAGUAUUUAAAUCCACAAAUGUUAAAUAAGCAGGAGUCUUGCAACUGCCAUGAAUGUCCACCUGAUCGGCCACCGAAGCCAACACAGUUUGAUGUAAAGAAACCCCCAGCUCCCCUUCCACCCACAUCUUAUUAUAGUAAGGAAAAUAAGAAACCCUAUUCAUUUAAUACAAAAGUUGGCCCUUAUGAAAACUACGAUGUUCCUAAGGAUUUGCUUACUAAGAUUGAAAGACCAGAAUACUAUGAUACCCCAAAAAAGAUCAAAAAAGUAUUGACGGAUGAUUUAUUUCAAGUAACAAAAAGUUCAACUCCAGGAUCAUUGGUCCUAAAGAAGCAAUGUGGCUGUAUAUUAAAAUUUGGUUCCAAAAAGAAACCUGUCGUCAUUGAAUGUGAUGAUAGUCUUAGACCUGUUGAAUGUCCUUGCCAAAAAGUUACUAACUGGGCUAAUAGUCUUAUUGGAAUUUCACACUGCAAUCGAAGUGAAAGUUCUGAAAAAGUGACUUGUGAUCCCACCCAAAAUAAAAAUAAUGAAAGAAAAGCUCUUUAUGCAACUGUUGACAUAACAAAAAAGAGCAACCGACAAAGUUCAGUGACGGAACAACCCACUUCAAGUAAUUCAGAUAUCAGUUUUUCAAAUUAUCAAAAUUUACAAGUGAAUGAAGAUAAAGAAUUGGAUACCUAUGGUAACUACGAGAAUUUAGAAUUUGCCCUUUCAUUAGAAUAUUAUGAAAAUGCAAAAGAUUUACUAAUGAAAGCCGGUGUAACUAAAAAUGAAUUAGAUGCACUCAGUGCAAAUCUCAACAUUGUGGCGGAGGAAUUGCCACUUCUUCCGAAAAAAAUAAAGAAAUGUACGAAGUGUGGACAUUCUCCAAGACCCAUAGAUAUUUGUCAAGACUAUAAGAACAAAAGUGAUGAAUAUUUACUAAUGGAGCCAAAUAAAGAUUCCAAGGUAGAAAAUAUCCACCCAGCAACUAGAUCAAUUUCUGGCUACACUCCAAUGUCUCCUAAUCCUAAUUGGUCACAGAGCUUAAAACACCCAAUCCAUAAAAUGCGACGUACAGAUAUUGAAAAAUCUCACAGUAUACCUUCACUAAAUGACAACAUAACUAGUGCUAAUGAUGGUACCAAUCUAUGUAACAGCAACAAAGAAGCAAUGCAGAAACGGUCAAGUUCAGUAGACUCUGCUCCACUGGUAGAAGAUUUAAAAGAAUUUGACAGUAACGCAGGAAGUCAUGUCACUUCUUCCCUGGAGACAUUAAGAAACUUAGUGUUGAAUAACAGAUUAGAUUCACCUUGUGAUAAUGAUCCCGACUGCUAUGACUGCUGCAAAUCUUCCGAUUCAGAAAAUAAAACUUCAGACGAAAGCUAUCUAAAAGACAACAUACCACAUUUAAGAAAUAAACUAAUGGAUAAUGCUCAAAUUAAAAGAUCGUCAAGUGUCCCUUGUAAAGGAGGCAACAGAGAUUCAUCCAGUUCCAACGAUUCUGGUGUAUCAAGUUGUUCUUUGAAACAUGGUCGUGACGUGCCAUUAUAUGAAAUGCCUAUAACAUCGGGCAAUUCAAGAUAUCAAUAUUUCACACAGAAAAGGUUGCGUGGCAAUUUGUUGGGGUGUCUUCAUGGAUCAUUACCAAGAAAGUCCAAAUCAUCGGAUCCUUUACGUGAUAUGUCAAUACAAAUUCAUAAAGCAAACGUACAUGCUAAAUCUUCAUCUGCUGAAGCCGAAGUACCUGUAUUGCCACCGAAGCCCUUUAAAGGUGUAAUGGAUACACAUAGUACAUCAAGUGGCACAUCUGAUAUGUCUGACUACAUUGAAACACUUUCUCUUACAUCGUCCCAGUCUUCUUCAGACACGCCUGCGUCAGCUAUGAGAUUCAGUCGACAGCCCAUGAGCACAUUGCGGCCACGUUCGGGCAAAGAGUACCACAACAUUGAUCCCGUCAUAACCUCCAUGUACAAGAAUGGCAAAGACCUCGCCAACUAUACUAACCUACCGUAAAAUAUUCCUAUUUAAAAAUAAUCUGAGACUAUAUUAAUAGAUAUUAACAUAAGACUGUUACAGUGGAUUUUUUUUCCAUUUUAUUGUUUUUGUUUGAACUGUUAGAUUUUGUAUUUUUAUACAAAUAAAUCCAGGCUAAUUAGUUAUUUCAUACACAGUGUUAGAAAUUAGUUGUUUUUGCAUUUUUUACACUAAACGAAAAUAUGUGAAAUAUAUACUAUCAAACAUUAAUUUUGAACAUAACUGUCAUUAUUGUAACCACCACAAAACGUAAUAAAUAGCAUUUAUUUAUUAGAAAUUUACGAGACUGAUGAAUAUAAUUAGAUUGUUUUAAUCAUAUUAAUACAAAUAAUCUAUAGGCAGUUUGAGUAUAACCUUUUCGAACUUUGUGUUUAAUUUAAUGAUCACACAAAAUUUUGAUUUAAGAUGUAUAAAUUUGUAUAAAAUGUAAAAAUUAGUAUUACAUGACAACAACGAUUGCUGAAUACCAAAUAUUAUUUUGAAUGUAGUACUUAGUUUAUUAAUUUAUUAUUUUAAGUUGUAUUGAGCGUUUGUUUUAUCAUUCUUAAUCUAUCCGAUUUUAAUAAACUAAAAAAUAUUUAGCAAAUGUUAUCAUAUUGAUAAACAUUGAACAGGGAUAGGCCCUUCCUAAUAUAUUAUUAGAAAUGAAACUGGCCCUGAGCAUAUUUUAUCCUCCAAUCUAUAUUCGAUACGUUUCCGAUUAGUAAUAUUAUUCCAGUUAUACUUAAUAAUUAUGUAUGAGAGUAGAAGUUAAUCUGAAAUUAAUGUAUCCGUAACAUCGCAUU